CCUAAAAUUAGACAUCUACAUCAAUAUAUUGAAACCUAAAUACUGUACCUGUUUUAGGCACAUAAUGCAGUCGUGGCAUGUAGGCACCUAACGUUCUAAAACAUCUCUGUUUAAUUGAAAAACAAAAAACUUGCAAAAUUUCCUUUCAUAUAUCUGACGUGAAGCUUGGAACAAUCAAACUGGUGACCAUGCCAAAAGAGUCCAUCCCAGGUUGCGCGCAGAUGUACAUUAUGUUGGGAAAAUUAGAUGUCAGGGUUAUACUUGAAUCAAGAUAGAUCACCUGUAAAGCUGUGUCUUCUAAACCUUACUGAGUAUUAAUAUAUUCAUGGUUGUCUCCCAGCAGCGUGGGACACAGGGCACUCAUCCUGAUUCUGAUUGAAUGCUCUUUCCAGUGCUUGCUUGCUUGAUUUUGAUGGUACUGUAUUUAUUUGCAACCCCAUAGAAACGUUGUUCGGCCAUCAUGGGAUGUGGUAGUUCCACAAAUGCCUAUUACUUCCUGCGGAAAUCGGAAAAAGUUCAAACACUGCCAGAUGCAGCUCACCCAGCCUUCAAGGCCGCUGUCCUGAUCCAAAGAUGGUAUCGACGCUAUGUUGCCCGGCUAGAGAUGCGCCGAAGGUGCACGUGGAGAAUUUUCCAAUCCAUAGAGUACUCCUGUGAGCAGGAUCAGAUCAAGCUUCACAACUUCUUCAGCUACCUUAUGGACCACUUCACACCAAGCAGCAGCAACGAGAGGGACUUCAUUAGCCGCAUGUUGACGGAGGAAGAAAGCUACAAAGACACAGAGCUGGAAAAACUCUGCGACUAUGAAUCGGUAGAGGUGCCAGAUUCCUACACUGGACCCCGUCUCUCCUUCCCCCUGCUGCCUGAUCAUGCAACUGCCUUACUCGAAGCUUUCAAACAGAAACAACAGCUCCACGCUCAUUAUGUCUUAAAGCUCCUGCACGAGACCAGGAGACAUCUCAUGCAGCUGCCAAACAUCAACCAUGUCUCCACCUGCUACAGCGAGGAGAUCACUGUCUGCGGAGACUUGCAUGGCCGGCUGGAUGACUUGUUUCUGAUAUUUUACAAGAACGGCCUUCCCUCCCCGGAGAAGUCCUAUGUGUUCAACGGGGACUUUGUGGACCGAGGCAAACAGUCCAUUGAGAUCUUGAUCAUUCUCUUUGCUUUUCUCUUGGUGUACCCGAAAGAGGUUCAUCUGAACCGCGGAAACCACGAGGACCACAUGGUCAACUUACGCUAUGGUUUCACCAAGGAGGUCAUGCAAAAAUACAAGGUGCAUGGGAAGAAAAUUCUCAAGAUGCUCCAGAAUGUCUUUUGCUGGCUGCCACUGGCCACCUUAAUCGAUCAGAAAGUCCUGAUUCUACACGGCGGGGUGUCUGACGUGACUGACCUGGUGCUGCUGGCCAAAAUCCAAAGGCACAAGUUUGUUUCUGUGUUAAGGGGCAAAAAGAGAAAAGAGAAGAGUAGACACAUGGACUCCAAAGCGGUAAAUGGCGAGAGCCCUGUGGGCGUUGAUCCUCCGAGGAGCAGUUCGUUCCCUGGCUCAUGCCUCCGGCCUGAGCUAGCUAGCGCUGCGAGCACAGCCAGCAGGACGGAGCUCUCCCAGUGGGUCCGGCAGACGGUCCAAGAGGAGCUGGAGAAGUGCCGCAAGCAGGUGGGGUUCAGUAAGACUCCAGGGGACAAGGAGCUCACCUGUGUCAGCUCCGUCACCAUGACCGAGUCAGAGCUGGAGUCCUGUGAAACAAGCGAGUCUAGCCAAGAAGAGUGGAAGCAGAUUGUAGAUAUAUUGUGGAGUGACCCUAUGCCUCAGGAGGGCUGUAAAAUGAAUACGGUGCGAGGAGGCGGCUGCUACUUUGGGCCUGAUGUGACAGAGAAGAUUCUCCAGAAGCACAGUCUGCAGUUCCUGAUCCGCUCUCAUGAGUGCAAACAGGAAGGCUAUGAGUUCUGCCACAAUCGAAAGGUACUGACCAUAUUUUCCGCUUCAAACUAUUACGAGAUUGGCAGUAACCGAGGAGCCUAUGUGAAACUGGGGCCAGACCUGAUCCCUCAUUUUGUGCAGUAUCAAGCUAACAAGACAGCCCAUACAUUAACUAUGAGACAAAGGAUCAGCAGAGUGGAGGAGUCAGCCUUUCGCGCGCUCAGGGAAAAGCUCUUUGCUCACACAUCAGACCUCAUCUGUGCAUUUAAGGGCUACGACCAGGAUGGAACUGGAACCAUCACACUGAGUGACUGGGCAACUGCAGUAGAGUCAGUCUUGCAUUUCGGACUGCCCUGGCGGAUGCUGAGGCCACAGCUGGUGCGCAGCACUGCAGGGGGCCUGCUGGAGUACAGAUCCUGGCUGGAUGACUUAGCUGUGGAACAACGGAGCAAAGAGCACAUACAGUCAAGCUUGCUAGAAGCCAUUUAUCGAAACAGAUCCAACCUGGAGACCAUCUUCAGGAUCAUAGAUAGCGAUCAUUCAGGGCUUAUUUCAUUUGAGGAAUUCCACCAGACCUGGAAGCUGUUCAGCUCCCCUAUGAACAUGGAGCUCACAGCUGAUGGCAUCAGUGACCUGGCCCGCAGCCUAGAUUUCAACAAGGAUGGAAACAUAGACUUCAACGAGUUCCUAGAGGCCUUCCGCCUCAUUGAACACACUCAUGGUGAUGAUAAAGCACUCCACCCAGCAGAGAUGGCUGUUAGCUAGUGGGGCAGCCACAAAGUCUGCAAUGCCUUUGGAUGAUCUCCUAAGCCGCAGCAAUCCUUCACAAACAAAGGCCAUGCCAGCAGCUAUGACGACUUGUGGGGAAGUAGAACCGAGUUACAUUUUAGACCUCUCAGUGUUAGGAGUUACUGCCCCUGUUCCAUUUUUUGGUAUGAUAAUUGGCCAAAUUAGUAGUAUUUUAAAAGGAAAUGGAGGGAAUGUGUUGCUCAAGUAGAUAUUUAUUCUAACACUCUGCAAGGGUAUAGUGUAGCCUGUUACUCCCAUUUACUGACAUUUCUGUAAACUAUUACAGGAUCAUUAACGUUUGUGAAGUGGAAUUAUUACGAACAUCUGCAGUAGCUGAAGUGUUAAAGUACAAACCUAAAAACAGGGUGCAGGAAUUUUGUUUUUUAAAGAGACUCAAAGCCCAGAAGCAACCACUGAUGAUGAGCUAGAGUCUGACUUGUAUAAAGUCAGGCCAUCAUGUGAAGUUCUAACUUCUACAUGAAGCCUCUCUCUCUUUUUUUAAAUCCAGUCUUGCUUUAAAGACUUCAAGUGAUGAAGAAUCUGCCACAUCCCUAGGGUAAGACACUCCAGUUGUUUAAUCACCUUGCUAAAAUGUGCUUUAGCUAGUGGAUCUCUUUCUCCUAGACAGAGUUUUACAAGAGGAGUUGGCAACCUUUCAGAAGUGGUGUGCUGAGUCUUCAUUUAUUCACUCUAAUUUAAGGUUUUGCAUGCCUGUAAUACAUUAGUUAUAUAUUAUAGACUUAGAACUAAAAAUGUUAAACUAUUGUUGUAUGUAAAGUAAAUAAGGUUUUUAAAAUGUUUAAGGAUGGGCAGUGUGAGUGCCACUGAAAAUCAGCUCCCGUGCUGCCUUUGGCAUGUGGGCCAUUGGUUGCCUACCCCUGAAAUAGAUACUUUAAGAGCUGCUAUACAGCUUCAGGUAAUUGACCCAUCACCAUUAACUAGUGCUGCAGAAGAAGAAAGUGAAAACAUUUGAACAAUGCACUGGAAGUACUGUUAUCUGAUACAGUUGGAACAAAAUCAAGGGCUAGAUUCACCCAAGCUUCACAAAAUGUAGUACCUCACUAGGAUUUGCUGAAUAAUGGAGGCAAUAUUUGACCCUGAAUUUGCAGAGAGUAAUGGUAUUUACCAAGGAAUUUUCACCUUGUUUGGGAACCCAAGACAGACAUCUGUCAUAUUAUAAAAAAAAUAUUCCAAAUGCUGUAUCUAGAGUAAUGCUAGUAUAAUGCAUGGGAAGAAGUCAGGCAAACUUAAUUUCUUUACAGUAUGAUGCUUGGUAGAUUUUUUUCAUAGCACAAGUCUGCUGUAUUUCAGGAUUUGUUAGUCACAAGUGCCUUUUACAAUAUUUGACAAAUCUCCAAGUAGCUAUCUUUCCAAAGAAUGAACAAUGCUGUAAGUAUGCCUUUUUAGAAAUAAAAAGGCAACAUGAUAAAGGACACAGUUUAAAGUAGACAUUUUAUUCUAUUUCCUGAAUAAGCAAAAUGAUAUAAAAAUAUAGCCUUGCAGUCCAAAAAAAGUCACAUUACACAAACACUAAAUCCACAACUUCCCCAGCAGAUAAAUGAAUAAUAUUAAACAUGUUUACAGGGUGAUGUACAAGUUUGCAACAGCCUAGUUGUUUUUGUAUGCAUAAUUUUGUGAUGUAGAUUCCUUUCAUGUUUUUACUCACUGCAAAAAUGAAAACUUGAAAGACAAGAUCCCCUUAGCAUUGCAUGGAAGAACAAUGCUGUUGUAAAAAUGUACAAUAGUACAUAACUUUUGUAGUAGAACAGUAUCUGAACAGAUUCAGUUUCUCUUAAGAAAGCAUAUACAGCUUUAUAAGUCUAAACCUUCCAAAGGUCAUCAAGUUUGAAAAGCAUGGAAGAGGCUUUGCUAGUCCAAAAGAUUACAGCCAAUACCAAAUUUAUGAAAAUCCUAUACUAAGAUAUGCAUUUUUUUUUAAACCCAGUCAGUUUCAGCCUUUGAAAGUGAACCCUGAAACAAAAUAAUGCAUUUGAUACACCCCUAACCAAUGGCUUAUGACAAGUCAACUGAAGAUUCCUCCUCUGAUAGGGAUGCUCUCAUUCAAUCCAUGUUCUGUUAGUUUUAGAUCUUCCAGGUCAUCUUUUAUUAUGCUAAUCAAAUGACUCAGGCCUUCUUGUUGCUGCUUCAAAUGCUAGAAUAAUUAAAGAAUGUAAGAAACACUUCAGGUGUAGCAUUUAUCACACAAAACUAUAGCUCAGUCCUUGAUGGUUAAAAGAUCAGAACCUCUCUAAAAUAACUAAGUUACUAUAACAGCUAUAAGUUUAUUUUUUAAAAGCGAAACUACAUGACUUGUGCAAAACAGAAUACAUUUUUACCACUGUCAUGCCUGAAGGCCUAUAAGUGCCUUACCAAAAAACACUCAACUAUUUGAAUUUGGAGUACUUGUGGCACCUUUGAGCAUAAGCUUUCGUGGGCUAAAACCCACUUCAUCGAAAGCUUAUGCUCAAAUAAAUUUGUUAGGCUCUGAGGUGCCACAAGUCCUCCUCAUUGUUUUUGCUGAUACAGACUUACAUGGCUGCCACUCUGAAACCUAAACUAUGAGUUCACUCAAGAUUAGAGCUGGUUGGAAAAAUGCAGAUUCAAUUAAACUUUUGCCAAAACAUAGCGAGUUCCAGGGUUGACAGCACUGCUGAAGAGAGCAUGGAAGACCCAGCCCCAUCAUGCAGAACACCCACAGCUCCCCAUUGGCUCUCUGGUGGACCAGGGAGCCUGAAGUCUUAGGACUGGUUUUCCAAAAUCUGCACUUCUGGGUAGCCCUGCAUGAGGACUGCUUGGGGUACCACAGGAAAACAACUUCACUGCACAGGAUUGCAAUGAACAGAGCUCUUAGUCUAGAGGAAAUUCAGCAACAGCAUCAAGCAAAUACUAAGUCCACUUGAGAGGCAAGAGGCAUGCUGAAACUUCAAUUCCAACACCACUGUUUUCCAUCUUUUUAUAAGCUGUGCACCCUCCACCCAAGCAGGCUGUUGUAGAAUUCUGCAUGCAUUUCUCCACAAGGAAUACUUACUUGCUUGAUUUCUUGUAAGAGAUCUGCAUCAAUGUAGUACCUUUCUUCUGCCCUAACUGCUCCAAAAUGAUUUUGCAUCCUGAUCUGAGACAUCAGUUCAUUUAGGCGACCCUAAAAAUAGAUGGGAAUCACAUGUAUUAGGAUAGAAAAGCAGUUUCCCCCUGACAUCCGUAGUCCUGAGAGAAAAAUGUACCAUCAGCGUGAAGGUUUUGACUCAGCUUCUUGCAUUUUUUCCUUUUUUUAAUUAAAAAAAAAAAGGGUGGGGUGGGGUGGGGUGGGGUGGGGGAUACAAUACAGUAAAUAAACAGUCUGAUACUGUUCAUAAAAAUUGCUUCAGUACUCGCUGUGUAGUUUUUGGACCUUGUAAGGGGUUUUUUCAAGAUUGGGUUUAGGACUUGCAAGUCUGCGGACUCAAAUCAACAGGGAAAAUGUCAAUAUUCUUCCUAUGAAAGAAAACAUUAACUACAAAUGGUUUUAACUGAGCUUUGGGGAGGUUAUUUUACAGCUUUAUUGUAAGUACACCAAGAGCCCUUUUCUGUUGCAAGAGCUUAUAUAUAACUCACUCACCUUGAACUGAGUAGGUGCAUUGAGUUCACAUUGAAUGGUGUCUAACUGUACACGAAGUUGUUCCUCAUCAGCCUGAAUGGCAUAGCCACUUUUCCUUUGUAUCUCUUGUUUAAUUAACACCUGCAAAAGGAACCACUGAAGUUAUGAUCUUUGGAAUGACUUGUUUUAUGUGCAUAAACUCCAAAUGUCAAGAUUCUCCUGCAGAUGUCUCAGACAGAAGAGUGGCGUGUCUAAAGGCUGCCUUGUAUGUUGUAUGCAGUGUUGUCACUCCCAUGCUAUCAGAGAGACAAGGUAGGUGAAGUAAUAUCUUCUAGUGGACUAACAGAAGUCCAAAGAUAUUACCUCACCUACCUUGUGUCUCUUGUAUGCUGUGUCUCAAUUUAUAUCCUAUAGUAAAAGAGAAAUGGAUUUACCAUUUCUAGUAAAAUACAAAUCAGAGUCACAAUGUUCUACCUGUACAUUUGUUUCUGGGGUUUAAAACCACAGUCAUCUACUUCACGUGUGGCACAUUAGAUACAGGGGAAAUGUUUUCCAUGAGGUCUCCCUCCCCACACUUCCAUGUACAUCUAUUCCGCUUUCCCCACUCAGAUUGUCGUCUACUCUGCUGCCCCACAGAUCUGAAAUACAUCCACCAGACAAAAUUCUCUCUCACUUUCUUCAAACCCUCCUUCCUUCCACUCAAUCCUUCCACUUCCCCCUCUUGCCUUGUAUUUGUCUUUAGAGCAAAAAAUGUUUAAGAUAAUCUGCCAGAUCUAUCUUAAAGCAAGUUACAGGUAUUAAAGAAAACGCAAAAUAGAAAACUAAUUUGUCCAUUUUACUCAAAUGGAGAUUAGGGAUUUCUUACAGAAGGAAGUUUAGAACUGCCAUAUAGCUAACCAACCACACGAACAAGAGAAUAAUAAAUCCAAUCAACCAGCAAGCCACUAUCACCGUAACCAUAUUAACUGGGAUUGUUAAAAAAAAAAAAAAAAAAAAAAAGCCAU